UUUUGGAUAUUGCAAGAAGAUGUCGAGGAGGGAAAGAAUUGGAUGAUCACGAAAAUUGUGAGAAACGAAUUUAAUAUCUCUUUAAAUGGUGGAAAAAUAUUUUCACACACUACUUCACUUCAAAUGUUUACAGGAAAAUUCCGUCAGAAUUUAGAGAAUAAAUACAAAGCCUGGUUAUUACAUGACUCACACGUCUACUGUAAAGACAAAUGCAGUUUCGAUGCUAGUAAAGUACGAGAAUGCCAGCAAGUUCUUUGGUGA